AUGCCUUCCGCCGCCGCGCUCCUCCUCCGCCCCACCUCCGUCACGACACACCCUCCCCUCCACCAAUCCAGCCGCAAAUCAUACUUCCUCCGCCUACACCCGUCUUGCCGCCGCCGCCUGCCCGUCCCGCGCCUGUCCCUCACGCCCACCACCGCCAGCAACAGCAACAGCUCUCCCCCACCGCCGUCCCCUUCGCCCGCCCCCGCGGCCCCGCCUUCCCUGUUCUCCAACUGGUCCCCGCCGCGCGCGAUCUGGCGGGGGCUCUCGGCGCUGCUCCUCGCGGGCCAGGUCUUCCACCGCGUCCUCACGGGCCGCAUCCACCGCCGCAACCUCCUGGCCCAGCUCCUUCGUGCGCGAGUUCACCCGCCUCGGCCUCCACCGGUCCGUCGGCGGCGUCUCGCCCUCGCGCUCGCGCGCGAGCUCUCGCCGGUCGUCACGGCCGUCGUCACCGCUGGCCGCGUCGGCUCCGCGUUCGCCGCAGAGCUCGGCACCAUGCAGGUGUCGGAGCAGACCGACACCUUGCGCGUCCUCGGCGCCCACCCCGUCGACUACCUCGUGGUCCCUCGCGUGCUCGCCUGUGUGCUUGCGCUCCCGGUCUUGACACUGAUCAGCUUCGCUCUCGGCCUCGCGUCCUCGGCGUUCCUGGCAGAUUCUGUGUUUGGCGUCAGCGUCAGCAUCAUUUUGGAGUCGGCGCGCAGGGCGCUGCGGCCAUGGGACUUGAUCAGCUCCUUGCUGAAAUCUCAAGUGUUUGGUGCCAUUAUCGCAGUGGUGAGCUGUGCCUGGGGAGUCACAACCCAUGGAGGAGCCAAGGGCGUUGGCGAGUCUACAACAUCUGCCGUGGUUGUUUCCUUGGUUGGAAUCUUCGUUGCAGACUUUGCUCUCUCGUGCCUGUUCUUCCAGGGUGCUGGUGAUUCGCUCAAGUAUGCAAUGGGUUGA